UCAACACUUUUUCUCCGGCAAAGUAAAGACGUACUAAAAAUCCUGAAUUCCCUCAUGCAAGUUACAAAAAAAAAAUGGAAAACGGAAACAAGAUUUAAAUUUCGUCAACAGAAAUUAUAAUUAAGCCUAAACAACGAAAAAAUAGGAUUAAAAAAAGAAAUGAAAAAGGAAAGGAACAAAAAGGGGAGGGGAGAAAAAAAAAUAUGAAGAGUAUUGAUGGGGAGGGAAAGCUAGCGUGCGCCACAGUGACCGUUAUCUAGACGGCGCCAAAUAUUCGCCUAUUUAUUUUUUUUUAUUUGUUUUUUAUUUUUUUGGCCUUAGUUCUCAAUAAAACGCAAACCCACUCCCAUUUCUGCCUUUCCAAAAAAGAACACACACACAGUCAGACACAGAGCCCCACCGGAUUUGUCUUGUCUCUCUGGUUUUCCGGUGAAUCCUGUCGGUCGGAGAAUCUCUAUCGCCGAUGACAAUGGAGAAAUGUUUCUCGCCGGUCGGCCUCCGUGUCCUGGUAGUGGACGACGACCCCACCUGGCUCAAGAUCCUCGAGAAGAUGCUGAAGAAGUGCUCGUAUGAAGUUACUACCUGUGGCUUGGCGAGAGAGGCUCUGAAGCUACUCCGGGAGCGUAAGGACGGGUACGAUAUCGUGAUCAGCGAUGUGAACAUGCCGGACAUGGAUGGGUUCAAGCUUCUUGAGCAUGUCGGGCUCGAGAUGGAUCUUCCUGUUAUAAUGAUGUCGGUGGAUGGAGAGACAAGCCGGGUGAUGAAGGGCGUUCAGCACGGAGCCUGUGACUACCUACUGAAACCGAUAAGGAUGAAGGAGCUGAAGAUCAUAUGGCAACAUGUCCUCAGAAAGAAGCUCCAAGAAUUCAGAGACGUCGAAGGGUAUGAAGGAGCCGAGAGUAUUUGGAUCUCCAGGCAUGGCCUUGAUCAAUCGGAAGAUGCCCAUUUUCUCGGUGGGGAGGAAGUUUCUUUCGGAAGGAAAAGGAAGGACACGGAGAAGAAGCAGCAUCAAGAUGACAGGGACCUGACCGAUCCAUCUUCCACGAAGAAAGCAAGAGUGGUUUGGACAUUUGAGCUUCACCAGAAGUUUGUGCACGCUGUGAAUCAGAUCGGAUGUGAUCACAAAGCCGGUCCGAAGAAAAUUCUGGACCUUAUGAAUGUUCCGUGGCUCACCAGAGAAAAUGUUGCAAGCCACCUGCAGAAAUACAGGCUUUACCUUAGCAGAUUAGAGAAGGAGAAGGGGCAGAAGAAUAUGGAUUCACCCCCUAAAGAUGCAGAAGUAUGUCCAAGCCACCAGAGCCCGAGAAAAAUACAGCCUGCAGAAGUUCAGAAUAGUAGCUACACGUUCUCUGGAGGUAGCCCGGGAGUUCAGACACCAAACCCGAGCGCUACAGAUGUUGAUCAGAAGGGGAUUGCUUCAACCGCAGUGUCUGAAACCAAAAUAAGCAAUAUCCUCAGUCCACAAAAGGCCAAAAAGCCACGUACAGGAUACGAUCCUUCCCUUGCACCAUUUGCAUCAGAAGCUAGUCCAAGUGUGAUGAACUCUUCACUUCCCCAACAGUAUUCUUGGAACGAUGUUCCACAAUUUCUUGAAUCGAAGCCAAUUUCCCUUGGAGGCAGCUUUCUUCCGCAACCAUUGACUGGUCAAAGUUAUUAUGCGGAGAAUCCUGUGCCAUGUCUCAUUGAAACAGAAGUCAAGCCUCCGUUCGAGAUUCCAGUCAGCAGUUGCCUGAACCGAGUAGCUCCUGUGAACGGGGAUGACUUCCUUCUGCAACAAGACAAGAACUCUACAAUGGGCCUUCAUGACUUGUCUGCUCCAUCUUCCAUCUCUGGUACAAUGCUGCAGGAAUCCAAUUGCAGUAUACCAUGUAAUACAGAGUCAAUCCUGAGAAACCUAAACUGGGAUUUCCCAGAACCGCACCCAGCAGCAUCACUGGACAGAGACCUAGGCUUGUUUUGGCUUCAAGGUGACCGCUUUCUCGAGAAUUCUGGAUUGCAAAAUACAGAAUUUACAGACUACAAUGACCCAUCAUUCCUUGCUGCGUACCCACUUCACAUGUAUGAUGCCACGAGGUUUGACAAUGAGCUUCUUCUUCUCCCUGACCAAGAUGAGUACUCCCUUGUAGACCAAGGGCUAUUCAUAGUUUGACCUCACUCCCUUUACUUGUUUAGCUGUAUUGAUGGGGAAUUCAGCCUUAUAAACAAUUUUAAACCAUACCCGAAAUGUGUUGCUUUA